CGGCACUAUUUUCAUAUCAAUCUUUGGUGCGAUCCUGGUAAUAGGUUUUCUAGUAAGAGGUUCUAUCUCAAGUUUUGGGUUCGACUUCUACCAACAAUCACAAUUUAAGAUCUGGAUCUAUUACGUCAUGUUUAAAUACCUCUUGGCCUGUAUGUUUGCAGGUAUAGCCUGGAUCAAUCGUUGUAUAGCUCGGGAAGAAGGAGCUCGGGAUCUGAUGCUUCAAUUCAGUAUCUAUUUCGCCGUGAGCACAUUAUUAUUCCACAUAAUCUUUGUCGUAAGCGACUUGAUCAUUUGCUCGCAGAACUGCGCUGCCUUAGCAAUAUCUCGAUUUAGCGUUGUUGCCCUUAUUGCUAUCGUAAUGCCCUAUUCAGUCUUAGUAAUUAAUAGCUACAGACUCUCUCUAAAGCCUUUUCCUCCAAGCCACCCUAAUAAGGUGGCUAAUGAUAAGAAAAGCGAAGUCUUACCACAAAUAUCAGAACCUACCUCUUAUACCUAGUCAUUUGCACUCACCACGCCGUCAUCUUUCAUUUUGGAAACUUAAAGGAGAAAAAUGAAAAAUAAUUGAAAAGCCUGCGAAACUUAGUUUAAUAUUACUGGUAAAACUAAAACAAUGCUAAAUUUAUGCCUUCGGUAACCUGCUCGUUACCAAGUUUUCCACUCACGAUUAUG